UCAUGAUAGUGAUGACUAAUAUUCUCUCUUUCCAUUCUCCGGCCAUCACCACCACCACGUUGUGAUUAAAUUGUAUCAUUGCCUUCGUUAAAAGGCCUAAAUGUCUUAUUCUGCAAUAGGCCUUAAUUUCCAUUCCUCCUCCUCUCCGCCGGCAACUGCAUACACCACCUCACCGGUGAUCAUAGCUUUCACGCUCGGCAUCCUCAUAUGUUUCAUCGUCAGUUUUUGCUUCAUCUACUUGUGUCGAUGCUGUUUCAUGAAUUACUUCUUUUCUUGGGCCUUCCAUCGUCCCACCGCCGACCAUCUCGUUCGCCAGAUCCAUACCCCAGCCGACGGCGACUCGUCUCCGUUCCGUGGCCUCGACCAGGCGCUACUUCAGAUCUUCCCGACAUUUCCUUACUCCUCUGUGAAGGAGUUUCAAGGGAAGAAUAACAAAAACAACAAAAGCUAUAGCCUAGAAUGUGCCAUUUGCUUGUUGGAAUUUGAGGAAGAUAGCUUCCUUCGCCUCUUGACCGUUUGCUGCCAUGUCUUUCACCAAGAAUGCAUCGAUCUCUGGCUCGAGUCUCACAAGACAUGUCCUGUUUGUCGUACAAAUCUCGAUUCAUUAUCAAAGGAAAAAUCUCAUCAGGAAAACCAAACAACAAGAUCAGAGCCAUUCACAGAGAACAACAAUAACGAUAACGAGACCCGUAUCGAUGUAAGCGAAGAAGAUGAUGAUGAUGAUGAAGAUUCUAGAAGAGAAGAGGAAGAAGAAGUUUUUUCUAGGAAUCUGCAGCAAGUAGGAGAAGGAGAUAAAGCGAAGAGGUUUUCAAGGUCACACUCAACGGGUCAUUCCAUAGUUGUGAUAAAAGGUGGAGAAGAAGAAGAAGAAAGUGAUGAUGAUGAUGAUGAGAAGAAGAAAGAGGAUAAAUAUAUGUUGAAAUUACCAGAGCAUGUUCAGAUAAAACUGAUAAGAGGAGGAGGACAUAGCCACACAAAGAGUUGUGCCUCUUACAAUGAGAUGGCCAAAUUUAGUAGUAGUAAAUGUUAUUAUGCUGAGGCCGUAUCAGGAUGCACUACUUCCUCCCAGCCUUUAAGGGUUUGAAUUUUAUUCUAGAGAUUAGAAUACAGACACAUGCACAUGCAAACACCAUCAGCUAGUUAAGGCACAUAUAUGGCAUGUAUAUGCAGAAACAAACUCUUUUAUUAGUUGAGCCUUGCCAAUUAAAUCAGGCCAA